UGUUUCUGCGACCUGCUGCUAGGAGGGUGGCGGCUGCUUUCACACUCGUGCGAAAGAUUUCGAGAUUUAGGAGAAAAAUAUGUCGUCUGGUAUCAGAAAUAUCGGAGUAUGCCUUUUGAGGAGAGGUUUUCCCAAGCCGACAUCGAAAAGGCACUUCUCAGGCGAGAUGCGUACUGUUACUCUGAUUCCCGGAGACGGCAUUGGACCCGAGAUAUCGGCGUCAGUUCAGCAGAUCUUUAAGACUGCAGGGGUUCCCAUUCAAUGGGAAGUUGUUGAUGUGACACCGGUGAAGGGACCAGAUGGAAAGUUUGGUAUUCCACAAAAAGCCAUCGACUCUGUGAACAAACAUAAGAUUGGACUGAAAGGCCCUUUGGCGACUCCAAUCGGCAAAGGACAUCGUUCCCUCAACCUCGCUUUACGACAGGCCUUCAACUUAUAUGCCAACGUACGCCCCUGCCGCUCCAUCGAGGGCUACGAGACACCCUACCGAGACGUCGAUGUUGUGACAAUCCGAGAGAACACUGAGGGUGAAUACAGCGGUAUUGAACACGAAAUUGUGAGUGGAGUGGUCCAAAGCAUCAAGUUGAUUACGGAACCUGCCUCGAAAAACAUUGCCAACUUCGCCUUCGAGUAUGCAAAGGCAAACGGGCGGGCCCAGGUCACAGCUGUGCACAAGGCUAACAUCAUGCGUAUGUCCGACGGUCUGUUCCUGCGUUGCUGUAGGGAGGCAGCCGAAAGAAAUCCUGGUGUUAAGUACAAUGAGAUGUACUUGGAUACUCUUUGUCUGAACAUGGUUCAGGAUCCUUCAAAGUUUGACGUUUUGGUUAUGCCCAACCUUUACGGUGACAUUCUAAGUGACCUGUGUGCCGGCUUGGUUGGCGGAUUAGGCGUGACGCCUAGUGGCAACAUUGGCUCGGACGGAGCCAUCUUUGAAUCCGUGCACGGCACUGCCCCAGACAUUGAGGGACAGAACAAAGCCAACCCUACAGCUCUUCUACUGAGUGCAAUCAUGAUGCUGCGCUACAUGAAGCUAUCUCAGUUUGGAGACGUCAUCGAGGCAGCUUGCUUUGACACCAUCCGUGAAGGAAAAUACCUGACAGCUGACCUUGGCGGAAAGGCGACCUGUUCGGACUUCACGAAUGAAAUCUGCUCCAAGGUGGUUGCAGCUCAAAAGUGAAAGUCGGUGCUUGCUCGACAGACGGGGACUUCACCAACAUUAGUACAGCCGAUCGAGAGCCUUGUUAAACAAAGGAACGAAAGCCAUCUUCUGCACCGGUUAACGAUGUCUUUCAGCGGGCUUCCUUGCGCCCAGACGACAUGCUCGCUCUGGUUAGGCCUCCUAGAGGGCAGUAGUGUAGAUUUGCAAACAAAGUACACUUAUGCAUGUUGAAGAUGGUGGAGAUUCAAUCUAGUCUUUCAAGAAGAGUUGUAGUGAAUGUCUUUGUCUGCUGCACAACAGAGCCCUGGGAAUACUGGGUCACUUGUUUUUAUUCGUAUGUGAUUUACUCUGGAGCAUUUGUCUGAAAUAAAUGCAAAACUCAUAAGCUUA